GUACCCCGCAAGGACAAUACUGUGGUGACAUUCUUCCUAGUUCCAAUUGCAUAUCUGGGAAUGUCUAUGAAUGCAAUCCUGAAGGUGGCGCAUGUGAUUAUGGCGUUAGAAAAUCCUGCGUUGAAUGCGAAGAGGUGGAUCAUUUUGUGCAAAGGAUGGAGGAGGCAUCCUGGAAUAUUAUUUAA